AUGCCCACUGUAUACUUGGCCAUUGAGUCAAAGCUUCUCCAGAUCUUGGGAGUUUCUGGCUCUCUCCACAGUGGUCCCCAGUCCACUUUCAAACGCUCAGUGAAACUCACAGAGACCAGAGGCAGCUGCCCGGAGGCGCUCUCGGAGGCUCGGCCUGAGCACACGCGGGCUCAAGCAUCAGACCCGGAGCGGCGCCCAGCACCCGGGGAAGCGCCGGCACCUGAAGUGCUCGCCAGCGCGGCUCAGAAAGGCGACCGGCGCUCCUUCCCCUUAACUCCGCCCAAGCAGCGGGAGGCGAGCCAGGGCGCCGCCGGCGUUCCCUCGAGGGAGGGCACACCUCGCCCUCCGGCGGCGGCCUCGCUUUCCCGCCCCGCCCCGCCAGCCUCUCAGCGGCGCCCCCCGGUGAACCCGCCGGGCAGACGCGCCGCGAAGGAGAAGAUGUGCGGCGGCAGGGCGGCCGCGGAGGAUGCCUCCACAACCGGGCGCUGGCGGGUGCCCGCCACUCCGCUGCUGCUGCUGGCCUACGUGAGCUACCUGCUGCUGGGCAGCGCCGCCUUCUGGGCCCUGGAGUCGCCGGUGGAGCGCGAGCAGGCGCAGUGGUUGCUGCAGGAGAAGUGGAACCUGCUGGAGAACUACACGUGCCUCGAGCCGGACGACCUGGAGCGCCUCGCGGUGCGUAUCAUCGGGGCCUACAAGAGUGGACUUUACCUUAAGGGAAACACAAGUCUGGGCAGAUGGGACUAUGUUGGCUCCUUUUUCUUCUCUGUUUCUGCAGUAACAACAAUUGGCUACGGUAACUUGAGUCCCUCCACAGUGGCCUCACAGGUCUUAUGCAUCUUCUUUGCCCUCUUUGGGAUCCCUUUAAACCUUGUCGUCCUGAACAGGAUCGGACAGCUGAUGCUCUCUGGUGUUCACGCGUGUGCCUUCCACCUGAGUGAGAAAUUCCAUUGGCAGCGAGGGGCAGCUGUCUUGACACGGACCUGUGCGCUGGUCGCUGGCCUUUUGCUGUUUCUUCUGUUACCACCUUUGUUGUUCGUGGCCAUAGAAGGCUGGACCUACGAAGAAGGAUUCUACUACUCUUUCAUCACACUUAGCACAAUCGGCUUUGGAGAUUAUGUCAUCGGCAUGAACCCGGAGCGCACUUACCCGGGCUGGUAUAAGAAUGUGGUGUCUCUGUGGAUUCUCUUUGGAAUGGCCUGGCUAGCACUGAUGAUCAAUCUUUGCAUCAGCUUGCUUGAGAAUUCCAGUGGCCUCUGCCAGUGCUGCAAGAAGAGCAAAGAGGUGGAACAGGAAUUAAUGCACGACAAACAAAAUAUUAGUUUGAGUAUUGAAGAUGGCCAGAACUGCAACAUAAAAGACACAAAGCCUGCAGGGCCAGACUGA